AUGCUUACAGCACCUGAUAUACCCAAUUCCUUUCCUAUCUAUCUAUCUAUCUAUCUAUCUAUCUAUCUAUCUCAGUCUGUUCCUUUCCUUAUCUAUCUAUCUAUCUAUCUAUCUAUCUAUCUAUCUAUCUAUCUAUCUAUCUAUCUAUCUAUCUAUCUCAGUCUGUUCCUUUCCUAUUUAUCUAUCUAUCUAUCUAUCUCAGUCUGUUCUUAUCUGUUGAUGACACAUACAUUUUCAAUCAAGAAACGACCUCAGCAUUUGAACAAUUCUGUCAUACAUAAUUUGAAUGUCCGAGGAAAAAGAGGAAACAUUGUCCAGGUUUAUCCAGCAGUGGAAUAUGACUUUGUCCCAAAUACACUGGAAAUAGCAACUGGAGAAUUCAUCCAUUUUCAAUGGAACGGCUCAAACACAAACAACAAAAAUUUUGAAGGUGAAGGUACUCCAGGUACUGACCGCAAUAAUGUUUUGAUGCUGUCUGAACUGAACAAUUCCAGUGGUGAAGAACUCAAGUCCUUUGAACUGCCCUACUUUGGUCACUAUGUCAACAGCUACCCAGCCCCUCUCACCAAUAUUACAUUUCUCAACCUAACAAAGAAUGAUCUCAUUAAACUGGCUUCCUCAGGAAGCACAAACCAGGUAGACCCCCUCCUGAACAAGGCCAGUACUUAUUUUGAUCUCCAACCCAGAAAAAUCACCCAGUCCGGCAUAUAUCACUACCUGUGUACAAGGAACAAUAACUUCUCUAACCGAAAUCAAAAAGGGAAAAUUGUUGUCAGCAAGUUCCCAACUCAGUACAAAGCCAUUGGUCAGAUGGGUGGCUCUCUGCAAAUAAAAGAUAAAGCUGAAUUACUAAUUGUUCCACUUGCCUUAGAGAAUCUUGUGAACCUUCAAAUGGAAUUCUGGCCCAUUGAGAAGGGAAAGUACUACUUAAAGCAGCUUGGUAAAAAUCUACCAAAAAAUGAUGGCUUCAGCAGUGACUUUUUCCUUGUGAGACCAGAAGAGAAAUUUUCUGCUGACAAAAAAGCAAAACUUUCCAUCAAGCUUACUAAUUCUGACAAAAGAACCAUUUCUAUGUACCGCUCAGAAAAUAGUCCUGGGGGUUUUUGUUCCCCCUCCAUCUGUUGUCGUCGUUUCUUUUCUUUUUUUUACCUCGUUGCUACGUGUGAUUUUUCUUCUUCCUUCCCCGUUCCUAUUCGAUCCGGUUUGGAUAUAAUAACAUUUUUAAUAUCAUCAUCAUCAUCACUGUGUAUCGCCUCCAAAUUCUUAUAUCCAUGUCGUCUGCACGAUAUGUACAUAAUCGUUUUACUUUUCAUUUUGUCCUGUGCCUCGACCAAACCAGCUGAAAGCCCUGAAAAUAAUGAUGAUGGCUUGGAUCUUCUUUUCCCAUACCUAAAAACCCAUGGCCCGAGUCAUGACAACCAAUAUGUUCGUAGCUGCCAACAAGUUAAAUAUGGAAAUCGUACACAUUCUUUGUUCCCCAUCUACCGCAAUGAUAGCAACCCAGUUGGUAUCCAGUUGCCACUAGUCCAGUCCCAUUUCUUGAUUAGGAAAAUUGGACCGGAAACAAAAAAACGAGAUAUUUCCAUUCAUUAUCAGUUAGUUACAAAUCCUUGGCACACACUGAGUGUUUUGGAGCCAGGUAAAAAGAACGGGUGUAAUAUGGCUGGCAGUGGGAUAACAGCAACUGUGGCAGAAAGUUCUCAACAGAUGAAUUGUUUGUUGGCUAUGAAUGCAGGAUUCUUUAAUCGACAAACUGGGGAAUGUUUUGGCAAUAUUGUGAGCAAUGAACGGUUGGUAAAAGAUUCAGAAGGAAUUCAGAAUGCACAUUUUGGAAUCACCAAGGAUGGCAAUAUUUACACUGGAUACUUAUCAGAAAUUGAUAUUGUUGCCCAAGAUUUUGUCCAGUUAGUUGGUGGAGUGAUUUGGUUAGUACGAGAUGGUGAGAUUCACAUCAAUGACAGCAUGAAAAUGGAAUGCUCAGAUGCACAAGAAACUGGCAACUUUGAACGAUUUGUGAAUGUCAUAUCUGCCCGCACAGCUGUUGGACAUGAUAAAAAUGGCAAAGUGAUGCUUGUCCAAGUAGAUGGACAGACUGACCAACGAGGAAUUAACUUGUAUGACUUUGCAAACCUUCUUCUGGAACUUGGUGCAAUCAAUGCAAUUAAUUUGGAUGGUGGAGGGUCAACCAGUUUGGUCAUCAAUGGUACUUUGGUCAGUCAGCCAUCAGAUAUGUGCACUGAUAAUAUAUUCCGCUGUGUUCGUAAAGUUUCAACAGUAUUGUGUGUCCAUGAACCUGUUUGUGAUCCUCCAGACUGCAACGGACAUGGCCAGUGUAUUCUGGGUUUGUGCAAUUGUUCUAAUUUAUGGGUUGGCUCAAAAUGUGAUUCCCUCAAGUGUGAAAAAGACUGCAACCAUCAUGGACAAUGUACAGAAGAUGGUUGUAUAUGUUCUGCUGGUUGGUGGGGCAGUUAUUGUAGCAAUCCUUGUCCACCUGGAAAGUAUGGCCAAGACUGCAAUCAAGUGUGCUUUUGCCAAAACAAUUCUACCUGUGACUCUGUUAGUGGGAACUGUACUUGUCCUUCUGGAUACAUUGGAGAUGCAUGUCAAAACCGUUGUCCUUAUGGUUACUAUGGUGACCAUUGUGAACAUUUAUGUAUGUGCCCCACUGACUGCGGCUGUGAUCAUGUGACAGGAAGCUGCAAUUCUACCUCAGCUUACACAUCCAACAUUAAAAUGGCCGGCAAAUGCAUGGCCAGGCAAAUCAUUAAGGCAGAACAUCUUGUUGCAGAUAAAUCUGAUGAAUAUAGGUUUUAUGUCCAUGGCUUCAUCCUUAUGAGCGUAAUUGCUGGUGUUAGUAUUAUAGUCAGCUUGUACUGUUCUUAUUGUUGGUGGAAGGACUGUUUGAAGACGAGAAUCUCUGGCCGUCACAGUAUUUUACAAAGUGACAUGAUAGCAACCAACAGUUUACUCAAUCAUUCGUACAUGUCAGAUUAUGAUGAGGAAGAUGAUGACAAUGAGGAGAGAGAUCACCUGGAACCAAAGUUGAAAGAACAAGAUACUUUAUGA